CUUUCACCAGAAAGCGAGCUCUCUACGUUGGAUGGGAUGGACGCUACCGCCGUCGUGGCAGACAUAAAAGGCUGCUCUCGUCCCGACGAUAUUGAACGGAAAACCCACAACCAUCUCUCACAACCAAGCAGACAACCCAGUUAAACCUUCAGUUCAGUACCCAACAAUCCAUCACUUUCCCACGUCAGACAUCACUCGUCACCCGACCUCCAACCCCUUGCCAACAACACCCCCCUCCUUCAACCCGGCCAAAAACACAACCAUGUCCGACGGCGUCGUCAACCAGAAGCGCAACCUGCCCCUGCUCGCCACCCGCGAGCGCUGCGCCGGCAAGACCUUCAUCGUCACGGGCGCCAACGUGGGCCUGGGCUUCGAGGCGGCCAAGCACCUGGCCGUGCUGGGCGCCGCCCGCGUCGUGCUCGGCGUGCGCACCCCGUCCAAGGGCGAGAUCGCCAAGGCCGACAUCGACGCCGCCGCCGGCACAGCGGGCUCCGGCGUGGUGAGCGUGUGGCCGCUGGAUCUGGAGAGCUUUGACAGUGUGAGGGCGUUUGUGCGCCGUGCGGAUCAGGAGUUGGAGCGGAUUGAUGCGGUGGUCGAGAAUGCGGCCGUGGCGCUGGCGGAGCGCGAGAUGGCCGAGGGGCAUGUCAAGCCGGUUACGGUGAAUGUGCUGAGCACGCUGUUGAUGGCGGUGCUGUUGGUGCCGGUGAUGAGGGCUAAGGCCGAGAAGGUCGCGGAUGGUGUGGCGCCGCGUAUCACCCUCGUGACGAGCCGGGCUGGGUUUGAUGACGAUGCCCACGCCGGCUGGGAGAAGGUGAAGGAGGAUCCGAUCAAGGGCAUGGAUGCCGAGGAUAUGGUGCCUGUCAAGACGUACCCGCUGUCCAAGGUCACCGAGACCAUUGCGGUUCGCCAUCUCGCCCGCGAAGUGUUACCGGUCGAAAAGGGGGGUGUCAUCAUCAACUUGGUCUGCCCCGGCCUAUGCAUCACCCAGCUCGGUAGAAAUGCCCCCGACGCGUUCGCGCAGCGCUUGCGCAAGAUGCAUGACAUGUACGGACGGACGGCCGAAGACGGUAGCCGCACGCUCCUGCACGGCGCCAUGGCCGGAGUGGAGAGCCACGGAAAGCUGCUUCACUCCUGCCAGGACGGCGAGCCCGACGUCCCCGACUGGGUUAACGAGCUCGGGGCGCAGAAGAACACUUGGGAGGUGAUUGCUAGGGAGCUCGAGGCCGUCGAGCCGGGCUGCGUGAGCAAGAUGUUGUAGGUGCCGGGGACUUGUUGCGAACAGUGCCUGGCGGGGUGGCUAGGGGAACGUAUCG